UUGGCGAUUGUCUGCGUGUGAAGUCUCAUAUAUAGAAGAAUACGUAAUGUAUAUAGGAAUCGGCGCCCCCGCAUAUGCGUUUACGUGUGGUGUGCGUUAUCACAGGGGGGAAAAAGCUAUUUUGGUGUCGAUACAAAGUUUGGGGUAUAGGUAACGACCAGACUUUAGGUGACCGUCAGACCGGCAUAAAAACAAAUCGUAAUAGUGCGCGAAUAAAAAUAAACCCAAAGACCUGUCAGAAAUUAGAGUACUUAAGACCCCAACAUCUCCUUUAUCCAGAGAGAGAGAGAGUUAUCAGCGGACCGAGAAAGUGACCAGCGCGAGAGCAAAGAGAGCAAGUGAGAGCAGAGCAGAGCGUGAAUCCCGCCACAACAAAUUCGCAUCUCUGCAUCGGUGUAAAACGUUAACCCAUUGUUUUUUGUGUUAGUAUGACGGCAAUAAUACUACUGGUCUGCCACUCCGUACGCGAGCUCGUUGAUCUGUCGGAUGCACUGUGGCAGAACGCCUUUAAUAUUGAACGAAGCCUCAGCUACUACCGCACCAAGCGCCGCCUGCAACUGUUUCAAUUUCAUUGUCGGGAACUCUGGUUGCGUCACUUCUUGGAUAUCGCUGACAUCCCGGCCAACACCGACAUGCAUCGGCAUCGACCGGACGUGAUUGAUUUUGCGGCCAUUGAGGCGGGAGCAGAGAACAGGCAAAACAUAGAACGGGAACGGGACCAAGAUGUGCACCUGAGGUUCCAGCAGGUGGAGGCCCAGCACCUGGAACCGGUGAUGGAUUACUUCAGCGACAUCGAGGUGGUGGACGGCAAGGAGUGUAAAGCCUCCUAUUAUGAAUAUACGGAUCCACAGCCAAAAUACUACAACGACCAGAUUGGCCAGUUGAGCGAGGGGCUCAGCUUUACCAUUUCCGGAAGACUGCCAGUGAACUGCGAACGAUUCUCCAUAAACCUUGUGCGCAACAACGAGGCGAGGGAUGUGGCUUUGCAUGUUAACCCAAGAUUACCCCAGAACUAUAUUGUUCGCAACACCAAAGUGGAGGAAAUAUGGGGAAGCGAAGAAGUCUCCUCAGCACUGCCUUUCCUCUUGGCCCGCGGGGAGAAAUUCUCCAUUCAAGUGCUCGUCACAAACCCUUGCUACAUGAUAUCGGUAAACGGUCAGCACUUCGCCGAGUACAAACAUCGGGUGCCCUACAAGGACGUCCGCAUUCUUGAAGUCAAGGGCGAUGUGGAGGACGUGGAAAUGCAGCGGGCACUGGUCAUGAACUAUCCCCAACGCUUGCCGGAGUCGGAGGCAAAGAACAUAGAGCUGCACGUAGAUGAUGAAAUCGAUGAGAUCGACGCCAGCGCCGAGGAGGCAAUCACCAUACCACAGGAGUGGUGCCUUAUUGGCCCCCCGACCAAACAGUUGGAGAGCUCGCCAAAGAGUGACCACAGCACAAAUAACCUUGGGCUUACCUUGCCCUACUAUGGAGCUCUGCCGCCGAACUCGCUGGUCGAGGGGCGAUGCUUGAAGAUCGAGGGACGGGUGCGACUGCUCCCACACUCGUUCUACAUAAACCUGCAGCGGGGACAGGACAUAUGGCCACAUCCAGUGAUAGCAUUCCACUUAAACCCCCGCUUCUCGAAGGCCAGCAGCGGCGCCCUAGGAAAGGCGGUGGUGUGUCGCAAUGCCUGGCUCAACGGUUCCUGGGCGGAGGAGGAGCGUUCGGAGCUGGACACGAACUUCCGUCCCGGUCGAACAUUCAUAUUGGUCAUCGUGUGCACCAAGGACUCGUUCGAGGUAUACGUCAAUCGGCAGUUCAUCACGGAAUUCAAGUACAAGGUCAGCCCUGAGCUUGUCGAUACUGUGUACAUCCAAGGCGACGUGAAGCUAUGGAAUGUCACGCUGGAGCAGAAUCCAGUCAUAAGGGGAAGGAAUGUUCGCAUUUAUCACAAUCCCAUGUGUAUUGAUACUGAAUACUAGUUGUGUUCAUACUAGCAUUGAGUUUCAUUUUAUGCUUGUUUUCUCAUUGAUUAGGCGACAAUAAUACGAUAAGGUUUUUAUUCACUUAAAAGGUUUUUCAGUAUUUUGUUAAAUUAAUAAUAGUGUAAUGUACUCUUGUUAUCAUUAAAGGUUAAAUAGGGAUUUUCUAUUUCCCUGUUUUCACGCUUUCCAUUGUGAA